GAGCCAGUGCGGUAAAGGCAGGGCACCGGAAGGAAGAUGUGUUGAGAAGUGUUCCAGAGAAACCUCAAGCCACUAAAGAUGGAAAACGAGACAGGAAGUGAACUGAACCAAACACAGCUCCAGCCUCGAGCUGUGGUGGCCCUCGAAUACCAAGUGGUCACCAUCUUACUUGUGCUCAUUAUUUGUGGUCUGGGCAUCGUGGGCAACAUCAUGGUAGUUCUGGUGGUCAUGAGGACCAAGCACAUGAGGACCCCCACAAACUGCUACCUGGUGAGUCUAGCAGUAGCUGAUCUCAUGGUCCUGGUGGCCGCAGGCCUCCCCAACAUAACGGACAGCAUCUACGGUUCCUGGGUCUAUGGCUACGCUGGAUGCCUCUGCAUUACUUACCUCCAGUACUUGGGCAUUAAUGCAUCCUCUUGCUCAAUCACAGCCUUUACCAUUGAGCGGUACAUAGCAAUCUGUCACCCCAUCAAAGCCCAGUUUCUCUGCACAUUUUCCAGAGCCAAAAAGAUAAUCAUCUUUGUCUGGGCAUUUACAUCCAUUUACUGUAUGCUCUGGUUCUUCCUGCUGGAUCUCAAUAUUAGCACCUAUAAAGAUGCUAUUGUAGUGUCCUGUGGCUACAAGAUCUCCAGGAAUUACUACUCACCUAUUUACCUAAUGGACUUUGGUGUCUUUUACGUUGUGCCAAUGAUCCUAGCCACUGUCCUCUACGGAUUCAUAGCUAGGAUCCUCUUCUUAAAUCCCAUUCCUUCAGAUCCUAAAGAAAACUCUAACACAUGGAAAAAUGACUCGACUCAUCAGAAUAAGAAUUUGAAUUCAAAGACCUCUAAUAGAUAUUUCAACAGCACAGUAUCUUCAAGGAAGCAGGUCACCAAGAUGCUGGCAGUGGUUGUCAUCCUGUUUGCCCUUUUAUGGAUGCCCUAUAGAACCCUUGUGGUUGUCAACUCAUUUCUCUCCAGCCCUUUCCAAGAAAAUUGGUUCCUGCUCUUUUGCAGAAUUUGCAUUUAUCUCAACAGUGCCAUCAACCCAGUGAUUUACAAUCUCAUGUCCCAGAAAUUUCGUGCGGCCUUCAGAAAGCUCUGCAACUGUAAGCAGAAGCCAGUGGAGAAACCGGCUAACUACAGCGUGGCCCUAAGUUACAGCGUCAUCAAGGAGUCCGACCAUUUCAGCACAGAGCUGGAUGACAUCACCGUCACUGACACUUACUUGUCUGCCACAAAGGUGUCUUUUGAUGACACCUGCUUGGCUUCUGAAAUAACCUUCAACCAAAGUUGAUUGAUGGAGUAGAGAAAAUGGGUGAUAAAGAAAAUGAGAAUCUGUGCAGUUAUCAACCCAAGAGAGGAAACAGCCAAUACUCGUAUGUGACGACAGAGCAGACAAAUUCUUUGCCGAUGCUCUAAUUAAUCCUGGCCUGAGGUACUCUAUCCCGUGAGAAUGAUUCUGUUUCAUUCUCAUAUCAAAAAAUAUACAUCACAAAAAAAAUUGAGCAGAUCUGUGAAAGAUCCAGAUGGUAGAAACUUUUCAUUUAGUGACGUUUCACUGUAUAUUCUGGGGCUGUGAAUUUUAGAUAAAAUCAAGGCAUCGAUUUACCUAUUCAGUAUAACUUUAUCAAAUGUAUUUUCUCACCCCCUCCAGAUUAUCUAUACAUUUGAGACUCUGGCAACAUAAAAAAUUUUAAUGUUUUCACUUAGCAUUUCACUUUAAUAAUGUACAGUGCUGUCUUCAUGAAUAUCUGAAACUACAGUGAAAUAUAGAAAAAAACAUUUUAUUUGUUGAGUAAAAAUGAGAUUUCAGACAAAUAUAUUUACUGCUUGAACAUGUCAUAAUGCCUAUAAAAUUCUGAGUUGAUUUUUUUAUAUUUUAUAAAGUAGAUGGUCAUCAUUCAGCUUUAGUAUAAAUAACCAAAACCUCAACAUAACCAAAAUUACUAAUUGAGAAUACAUGUAUAUUUGAUAUUUAAAUAAGUCCAGUUCUAUACUCUUCAAGCCUUCAAAAUGAUGGGUAAGACAGGAGAAAUAACUAGAUUAAAUAACUGUGAAGAUACAGACACAUAAUCAAUAUUGAAAAGUAUAACCAAGACAAGUGCAAGGUUUUACUUUUUCCUCUGAAACUUUUAAGGAAGAAAAUCCUAUUUUUGACCAUUCCCAUGUAUAAACUACUGAGCCAUGUCAAGCAAAUCCUUCUAGCUGAAUCUAGCUUAAAAGUCUGAAACAUUCUCAAAAGCUCAGUUGCUAUGCUAAGUGACCAAAGACUGACUUUUACACUUCCAGAUGAAGACCCCAAUGAGCAUAGUAGUCACUGGAUUUUAACUUGUCUGCAAGUGUCUUUCCUGCUUUCCUGCUUGUCUUUUGUGGGUUCUUCUUUUCUUUCUUUUCCCAAAUGCUUGUGAUUGUGAUAUUUUGUUUACAGAUUCUAAAUCAAAGCAAUGAAAAAUUUUGUCAGCUUUAUGUUCAAUAGAGCUAAAAUUGAUUUCAUCUCACUGUUAAUAUGUCUUCACAGUUACAACUUAGGCCUGCUCUUCUAUUCCAGUGAUUAUUAGAGAGACGUAAAUGUGAAUCUCUCAGAUCCUGCUUUAAUCCCUUUCAGUUGACUCAUCUACUAAGAUCUGGCUAAUCAGUAUCUCCCAGUGUCAAAAUGGCCCUCGGUGUUGAUUCAGUAAUAGCUGAAUUUUAAUGAUUGGGUUGAAAAGUACUGGGCACUUUUAAGUGCCCGCAAAGACUGGCAUUUUCCCUCUCCAGGGUAUAUCCCUACCUUGUGACUUUUUUCUGAAACCUAUUGCUAAUGAGCAUUACCCACACAAAUACCUUGUUUAUGAGGAAUAUGUGACUCAGCUUUUGAAUGCCACUUCAUGGAGACUCUGCCAUCUAAAACCUCAAUCCCGAAUAUGCUUUGGUGAAAAUUAGCCUCAUCUACUCCAUGAAAACAUUAUAAUCCUGUCACUGUGGCAGUAAAAAAAUGCAAGCAAACAUUUAUAGAAAAUGCCCUAAAAAUCUAUAUGCAUGACACAAAGAAAUCUAUUUUAACUGACUUUUCAUCCUGGAUUAAAGACUGAAUUUGGAAUCCUAUAGAUAGAGCACUAGAGUGACCCAACCCCACAUCACACACGCAUGUGUGUGGGUGCAUACAAACACAUGCUUGGAGUUCCAUAAGUUACUUAACACGGGGAUUGUAACAUGCUAGGUUUUUUUGAUAACAGGAAAGAACUGCUGUCUUUGAACAUCUACUACGUCUCAGGUAUGCUAGUAGAUAUUUAAUCAGCAUUGUCUUCAUCACAGUCUCACUACAGCUGUGAUUUUCUUAUGAUAAGACCAGGGAUCAGGGAUUAAUUCCCUAAACUGUGUAAAUGUUAGGGAGAGAAAAUGAAGAAAUGUCUUUUUUUUUUCUUUUCCUUUUUUUUCAAGCUAGCAUGCUGAUUAACGUUCUUGUGACCUGAUGGCAUAAGUAAUAAAUAUAUAUAUAUAUAUACUUUGCAGAAUGAUAAUAAUUAGAUGUUGAAAAAUAUUAUGAUUAGUUUUAUAUGUUAGUCACAGAAUAUAAUAUACUCUUCCUAUCUUUGGAAGCUUAAUAUAUGGGCUCAGUUUUUGUUUUAAUGCUUAAAAAGUUAUUUGCUAAUAAUCUGUUAGUUUUAGACCACAUGGGAAAUUCAAAAGAUCAUAGUUCAUAGUGUUUCAACUCUAAAGCAAAUGCCGUUAUGAAAAACACAGUUCAUAGUGUUUCCACUCUAAAAUAAAUGCCAUUAUGAAGUUAAAUGUUCCCAUACAAUAUCCAAUAGAUAUUUGGGUUUACACAGCAUCAAGCUAACUUUUUCAGAGAAGGCAAUGGCACCCCACUCCAG